AGCCCCGCCCCCUCCCCGCCCCAGCCUCGAGACAAUGAGAUCCCAGCCCCGAGCUGCGCUAGCAAUGGCGAAGUCGGCGCCGCGCCCCCCGCCCAGCCGCGGCCGCUUUCGGGGGUGACGGAGCCCAGCCGGGACCCCUCUCCUCCGCCUCCCCUGCUCCCCGCUCCCUACGGGGCCGGGAAAGCGCGCGGGCUGCGAUCGCCUGCCUGCCUGCCCGCCCCCCAUCCCAGGCGAGAGAGCGGCGGCGCCCUCCCGCUUCCUCCCACCCCAUACAUUCUCCGGCGAGGAGGCGCCUGGUGGAUGGAAGCGCCCUGCGAGAGACCAUGGCCAGCGUCUCCUCCUUUGGCAAGUAUACGCACGCCAUUGUCCGCUGCAUCCCUUCCUCCUUCGGCACGGCAGAGACAGCGGCAGACGCGUCUGAUGGCGGGGCUGAGCCUGUGGACCUGGCCAAGGCCCAUCGGCAGUACGGCGUCUACACCGGCAUCUUGCGCCAGAAGCUAGGGCUGCAGGUCAUUGAGCUGGCUGCGGACGAGGGCCUCCCCUGCUCCACGCUGGUGGGGGACCUGGCCGUCAUACAGGGAGACACCGCGUUGCUCACGCGGCCAUGGGUGCCAUCGCGGCGGGACGAGAUCAGCAGCGUCAAGAAGGUCUUGGAGGAGCUCAAACUGCGCGUGGUGGAGGUUACAGAUGAAGGAGCCACCUUGGAUGGGAGCGAUGUCCUGUUCACAGGUAGAGAGUUCUUCGUGGGCAUUUCCAAGUGGACUAAUCACAGAGGAGCAGAGAUGGUUGCGGAUGCUUUCAGGGAUUUUGCAGUGUCGACUGUUCCUGUCUCGGGUACGUUGCACCUCCGCAGCUUCUGCAGCAUGGCUGGCUCUGAAACGGUUGUCAUUGGCAGCAGCGACGUGGCCAAGAAAGCCAUGAAGACCAUGGAACAAUUGACCGAUCACCACUAUGAAACACUGACGGUGCCGGAUGACCCAGCUGCAAAUUGCGUCUAUGCACGGCUUGGUCAGAAGAGCAGUGUGCUUCUGCAUCGCAGUGCUGAGGAAUAUCCUAACAGCGUACAACCCUUCCAGAAGCUUCCGGACUACACCCUCAUCCCUGCGGCUUGCACUGAGGUGGCCAAACUUGGUGGGACUCUCAGUUCCUGCUCUCUUCUCAUCAACAAGAAGCUGGAGAUCUAGUGCCUAUUGAACCCCACAAUACAACGCAGGUUCUUGCAUUCCCUCGAGAGGAACCCCUUCUCUUGGUUCCUUUGUGCAGGCACCCCGCUUUCUCUCCCCUUAGCUUCCUUGUGAGGCAAGGACACCUCCAAACACGCUAAUUUGACCGGCCUUAAAUCUCGCAGUUUCUCUCUUUUAUUUACAUUGGAUCUUCGCUUCCACGGAGCCACACAAGUCUCUUUUUAUCUCCUGUCUUCUACAGUGUACGCUUUACGAAUACAUUUUUUUUACCCCAGAGUAGAUAGGUGCUCAACUUUGCUCCAAGUGCUGAAGAAAAAGCCAUCAGCGGGAAACUUGAAGUUCUAGCUCUUCAAUCAAUGAUCGCUUUUUUCUUAGUGAGGUUCCCUCAAGUUUCUUAGCCCAUUAUGGACCGUUAAAAAGAGCAGCACUGCUCUCCCUUCAUCGCUGAGGGGGACGUGUUAUGAAACCGGGUGCUGAGAAACAUUGGUGGGCAGCCAUCUUGGAAGGUGCUUAAGGGAUGUGUCCAUUGUGAGGACUAGACCCAAGAUGGUGGCCAUUUCUCUUUCAUAGCCACCAUGUUGGAAGAACUGUUGAGCAGGAGACAUGGGCGGGUGGGACAUAAGUAGCUUUCAAAGUGUUUGAGGUGAUCCAAGUGCUACAGAACCAGGCAACUCCAUUACGAUGGAUGGUUGUGGGACUAUGGGGUCUCCUGCUCAGUUUUGAAUCUCAACAACUGAUGAUUCGUGUCAGAUAUAGGAAGGUGUCCCUAGAGUCAAGCACUUGCCCUGCCAUGAGAUUCAAUAACUAGAAUGAGUUUUGUUGGACUACAUCUCCCAUCAUGCUUGACUAUUGGCCAUGCUGGCAGGGACUGAUGGGAGUUGGAGUCCAACAAGUUCCACAGGUUCAACCAUCCCUGAUCUGGAAUGACCUCUGGAAUGACUUUCCUUCUGUGACUGCUUGGCCUGCCACAUCCAUCUCUUAUGGUGCUGCAGUUUGGGGACUGGGGGUUCAGAAUCAGACCCCCCACGCUCCCCAAACUCAAAACAAUGGCUUCCCCCACUGCCACCCUCAACAGAUAACCUCUCUGCAUAUCCGCAAGGCAGCCACAGAGGAGCAGCUAGAUUAAGACAACGAGUUGGCGAGGGUCUCUGCUUCCUUCCGAGCGGCGCUGUUGUAUGUGUUUUGUGUAACGUAGUUAGGGGGCAGGAGUGGGGUGGGGGUCAUAGGAAUGUUCUUGAAAACUGUAGAGGGAGCGCCCUCUGUUGGGGGGAGUUAGGCGUAUUGACGGAUGUAGGACUUUAGAUUCACUCACUGCCUCUUUAACCCCUUGUGGAAUCAAUUUACACAAUUAAUAAUAAAAAAAGAUUGAACCAA